AUGUUGUUGUUGAUAUAUUUUAGAAGAACUUUGAGCCAGCUUUAUAACGACAAGUGGGACAACAACUGGAAGGACAUUCUGCCAAAGGCACCUGAAAAACCAAGCGAUGAGACAGGAGUCUGGAGACUAAUAGAUGAUGCAUCUGAUUGGAAGGACAUUUCCGAAAACGUUGCUAAGAUCCCAAAAUUACGUCAACGACACUGCUGCCAUUCAAGUGAAAGGAAGAGUGGCAAAAAACGCUGCCAUGACAAUUUUAAAAAACUUAUGAUAUUAUUCAAGAAUAAGGAAAGAAGAAAUCUGAUAAAAACGAAUGAAAAAAUCAAUCCAUUGUUACAAGAAAAAACAGCCAAAGUAAUGGUUGACAAGUCGGUACAGACAGAUGAAGAUGCCAAUGAUGGCUUGUUCCUAGUUAUAUUAUAAACAAAAGAAGUAACCAUUUCUGGAGUA